GAGGGGCAAUACAAUACGAAGGGCAUCACUCCGCAGACUAUUUGUGCGUUGACACUUGUGGGCAGCGCAGAAGCUGCAUAAAUAGCAGUGACCGAUCAUGCCGAAUGUGAGCGGGGAGGCGCGGCAGCGUAACGGCCUCGCGGUUCAGCGCAUGUUCCACCGCGACGCCGAUCAGCGCGCACGCACCGGUGCCUUUCUCACACGUGAGCGGGCAGCUCAGUCAACUCGGCAUUCCUCCAGCGGCCACUACGACGGCUGCGAGGCAACAGGGCCGUCCUUUCGGGUGUCGCCGACCUCCGCCGCUGCGCUGGUUGGCGCCGUCGGCGGUGUCGGCGGGACAAGCCGGCCUGCGUGGACGUCGCCUGAUGGCCGAGGGCUGCUGCAGCAACCCGCCGUGGAUGCUCCGUCGCACCUCAGUCGACAGCUAGCCCUGUCCGCGGAGAUGCGCACCUUGACCCGAGAGGAGCAACAGGCCGUGGCAUCGCGGGCCACCCCGGUGCAGCAGCCGACUGCCGCCCUUCGUCUCGAGGAGCUGUGCGGUGCCGACCGCUCCUGCUUUGUGCUGGCGGUGCAGAGGGCGCGCCACGCCCACGCAGUCGUGGUACCCGACCCCCGCGUUGCCCUCACCCCAUACGAAGCGAGCAAAGAGCAGUGGAAGGCCUACCAUCAUCAACAGGCGGUCCUUCGUCAUGAGCAGACCCUGCCGCGGCGGCGUGCGGUGGACCCCUACAUCCACCUCACCGGCGCACAGUUGGACGUCGGCCUCACGGUGCCGAAUACGUACACGGCGGAUGUGCUGGCGGAACGCAGCGGCGGCCGGUGGGUGCUGGACAACCCGCAUCGACAGCAGCUCUACCGCGGGGCGCCGGUGAUGACGGCGGUGAUGCACGGCGAGUUCUACGCCGAUGGAGCGGCGCAGCGGGCCGCGGGGAAACCGCGGCGCAGCAUCGUGGGGAAGAACCGGCGUGAUGUGCGAGUGACGAGCGAGAUUAAUCGCGCCGAGCGUCGACAGCGGCAGCGCCCAACGAAUCCGUGUGUUUGUACCAAGUAG